AUUUAUUGGUCUAUCCCUACAGAGUACCCAGCGGGAUUAUCGGCCAAUGCCGAUGAUCAACCAACCAAUUUUCGGUCUAUCCCUACAGAGUACCCAGGGGGAUUAUCGGCAGAUGAUGAUUAUCGCCCAACCAAUUAUCCGUCUAUUCCUACAGAGCACCCAGAGGGAUUAUCGGCCAAUGCUGAUUAUCACCCAACUGAUUAUCGGUCUAUCCCUACAGAGUACCCAGAGGGAUUAUCGGCCAAUGCCGAUGAUCACCCAACCGAUUAUCGGUCUAUCCCUACAGAGUACCCAGAGCGAUUAUCGGCCGAUGCGGAUUAUCACCCAACCAAUUAUUGGUCUAUCCCUACACAGUAACCAGAGGUAUUAUCGGCCAAUGCUGAUUAUCACCCAACCGAUUAUCGGUCUAUCCCUACAGAGUACCCAGAGUGAUUAUCAGCCAAUGCCGAUGAUCACCCAACCAAUUAUCGGUCUAUCCCUACAGAGUACCCAGAGCGAUUAUCAGCCGAUGCGGAUUAUCACCCAACCAAUUAUUGGUCUAUCCCUACACAGUACCCAGAGGGAUUAUCGGCCAGUGAUGAUUAUCACCCAACCGAUUAUCCGUCUAUCCCUACAGAGCACCCAGAGGGAUUAUCGGCCAAUGCUGAUUAUCACCGAACCGAUUAUCGGUCAAUCCCUACAGAGUACCCAGAGGGAUUAUCGGCCAAUGCCGAUGAUCAACCAACCGAUUAUCGGUCUAUCUCCACAGAGUACCCAGGGGGAUUAUCGGCAGAUGAUGAUUAUCACCCAACCAAUUAUCCGUCUAUUCCUACAGAGCACCCAGAGGGAUUAUCGGCCAAUGCCGAUUAUCACCCAACUGAUUAUCGGUCUAUCCCUACAGAGUACCCAGAGGGAUUAUCGGCCAAUGCCGAUGAUCACCCAACCGAUUAUCGGUCUAUCCCUACAGAGUACCCAGAGCGAUUAUCGGCCGAUGCGGAUUAUCACCCAACCAAUUAUUGGUCUAUCCCUACACAGUAACCAGAGGGAUUAUCGGCCAAUGAUGAUUAUCACCCAACCGAUUAUCGGUCUAUCCCUACAGAGUACCCAGAGUGAUUAUCAGCCAAUGCCGAUGAUCACCCAACCGAUUAUCGGUCUAUCCCUACAGAGUACCCAGAGCGAUUAUUGGCCGAUGCGGAUUAUCACCCAACCAAUUAUUGGUCUAUCCCUACAGAGUACCCAGAGUGAUUAUCAGCCAAUGCCGAUGAUCACCCAACCGAUUAUCGGUCUAUCCCUACAGAGUACCCAGAGCGAUUAUUGGCCGAUGCGGAUUAUCACCCAACCAAUUAUUGGUCUAUCCCUACAGAGCACCCAGAGGGAUUAUCGGCCAAUGCUGAUUAUCACCCAACCGAUUAUCAGUCUAUCCCUACAGAGUACCCAGAGUGAUUACGGCCGAUGCAGAUUAUCACCCAACCGAUUAUUGGUCUAUCCCUACACAGUACCCAGAGGGAUAGACCUACAGAGUACCCAGAGUGAUUAUCAGCCAAUGCCGAUGAUCACCCAACCAAUUAUCGGUCUAUCCCUACAGAGUACCCAGAGCGAUUAUCGGCCGAUGCGGAUUACCACCCAACCAAUUAUUAGUCUAUCCCUACACAGUACCCAGAGGGAUUAUCGGCCAGUGAUGAUUAUCACCCAACCGAUUAUCCGUCUAUCCCUACAGAGCACCCAGACGGAUUAUUGGCCAAUGCUGAUUAUCACCCAACCGAUUAUCGGUCAAUCCCUACAGAGUACCCAGAGGGAUUAUCGGCCAAUGCCGAUGAUCAACGAACCGAUUAUCGGUCUAUCUCCACAGAGUACCCAGGGGGAUUAUUGGCCGAUGCAGAUUAUCACCCAACCGAUUAUCGUCUAUCCCUACAGACUACCCAGCGGGAUUAUCGGCCAAUGCCGAUGAUCACCCAACCAAUUAUCGGUCUAUCCCUACAGAGUACCCAUAGGGAUUAUCGGCCAAUGCUGAUUAUCACCCAACCGAUUAUCGGUCUAUCCCUACAGAGUACCCAGAGGGAUUAUCAGCCAAUG